GCAAGUAUGUUCUCCCAGCCAACAUCUAACAGGACGGAUGAUGAAAAUGGUCCGGUGAAAAGUCGUCUCGGAAUUUCAGUAGGCGGAAAAAUCGCAAUCAUCGUCUCCAUUUUUGUUAUCGGCGCCAUAUUUUGCGGUGGUCUCUUUUUGCGGAAACGGCAGAAAGAAGAUGAUAAUGGAGAUGAAACAUCUAUGGGUUGCACAUUCAGGUCAUGUGAUGCCGGUGAUGAUCAGUGUUGUCGAAUAAAACGUGUUAUUCAAGGAGUCUUUGCCAGCUGUGCUCUUUCAACACCAAAGGAGAGUCCCAUGGACCUAGAAGAUCAGAAACCCACAAUCCAGAAGGAACGUCAAGAUUCCAUCAACCUUUCUGGAUCCCUUAUCCUACAGAAGUCAUCGAAAAUGAAUACGAAUGUAGCAUAAAGACGGAACAUCCUGUGACCACAGAUUCGCCGGUGAUAAUCCGACAAAAUCAAUCUUCUCCCUCCGACUUGACAAGUUUCCGUUCUCCAAAUUCUACCAGUGACGCCCCAAGUCAGGAAGCUUCAGGUGUGGAGGAAAAUUACCAGUCCAUCUCCGACUCGACGAUUUCUAUCACGAAUGCUUAUCCGUCAAUGCAGGCUAGACCAGGGUUAGUUGAGACAAGCGCUCACUUGCGUUCUGUAAACGCUCGACCCCUCCCUGACCGACCAGUAAGCGAAGAUCGUCCUUACGCUGAACUUGACACCGAGGAUGACCGUGCGAAUGAAUUUCCACCUACCAGGGAAGAACAAAGCUAUCACGAUCCUCUAUCUCUGUGGGCAAGUGAUCCGAAUCUUUUCAGAAGAUCAUCUGUUGUUGGACCCCAUCCAAAUGAGGUUCCUCCCUUAACAGUAGGUGUCGAUGAUUGUGCCCGGGUGGUCCAACCUGGACCUGAGCGAAAUGGAAUUCCCGAUGAGGUGAUUUCUGAAGGUUCAGUUGAUAAUCAUAGUACACAUGAGUAUGAAUAUGCAUCCAUCCCAGGCGAUCAUUCUAUGAUAAGGUCUCUAAGGGGGAGAGGGGCUCAGAGUCAAUUAUCAUGCUCUGACAAGAAGUACUACUCAAUCCAAGGCCCUCUUCUUCAAGGUGAAAGCAAGGAUGUCCAGGCUGGUGAACAUCGUUAUCCUCUAACAGGAGAACCGCCAUCACAAGGUCCAUAUUAUUAUGGAUUGGAACCUGAUGGUAUGAUUCAAAAUCCAUUGUACAAAUCCCUGGAAUCUUUUUUUAUAGUUUCAUCACUUUCCUAACCAUGCUUUAACUGAUCGUUAUGAUACUUUUUUUUCAAACUAGAGACGCUGAAAAUGUCCGUAAAUACUGAAGUAAAACAGAGUAAAUAAAUUUGUUUUUUAAGGGGCGUCAUCGGGGUAUUUUGAAGGGGGGGCAAGACGAUUAUUUUCAUUGGGUAAUUUUAAUUAGUAUUAAUUUUCCGGGGCUUCAUGCAAAAUUCAUGCACGAAAUCACAAUUUCUGGUCUAAAUU